GAGAUGAACGUGAGGGGUAUUAGGGUUUGCAAAGGAAGUGGGCGCGUGAGAAGCACACAGAAAAUAAAAAAGAGGGCCGUAAACUAGUGGGGCAUUUGUUUGUAUUGGGGCAGGCUUUGUAGCAACCACGCCACCAGUAGACUGUGUGUAGCGACGAUCGCUGUGUGAUCGAUUCACUCGUUUAAUCAAAACCAUAAAACCCUAGGUAGCUAUAUGUUUCGUCAACCAAGAAUGUAUUUUUGCUGAUUAUUAUCAAUUGAGAUUGUAAUUAGUGAUUAUUGUCAUCGACUUAGCGAAUUGAAUCCAUGGCGGCAUCCAGCGAAUCGAUCGCUCCUUGUUUAUCGGUUUCUGAAGACAAUGCUGCAGCGACAAAGUCGUCGGCGUCGUCGUCUCCUUGGAUGAAACCUGUAAACGGCGUCGUGGAGCCUGUCAUGGGGAGAGACUCGUGGCCUACCAUUACUGAGUCCACUCGCUAUCCGCUGCUCGUUAAGUCUUCUUCUGAUCCACCCGAUGCUGCAGCAGCAGCGGCGUCGUCGCUUUCUGUUUCCGUUUCUAAGGGAUCUGUCAAAUCAAAUGCGCAUCAAAAAGCUGACACCAAUGGGAGCCCUAAUUCGUCUAAUCACAAUGCACACCCACAUCCUGUGCGACAAAGGCCAAGCAAGAGAGGUGGUGGUGCAGCUGGUGGAUCAGUACAGAGUGGCUUUAGUCGACCAAUACCCCCAUCUCCAACACCACCCCCAUUCCCAAUACCUUUUGGUUUGUUACCACCAAUGAUGGAUCUACAAGUUAGAGAGCCUCCAUUUAAGGGCAAUACCUGGGAAAGCAGACCAGUCGGAGGGGUUGGGUCUCAGUCAAACAAUGGAAAUGAUCACUCAUCACAACGGCAUCCCUCCAGGAGAGGAAACUAUGGCUCCCGUCCCCGUGGAGAUGGAAUGCAUUAUAAUGGUCAUGGGGGAAGGCGUGAUCAAGACCGUAACUGGAAUCCUCCCCGGAAUUCUACUGCAAGGGAUGUUCAUAUGCAUCAAAUGGCUCCUCCCCCACCUCCCCCUCCUCGCUUUAUGAGACCAGGACUCCCGGGUUCUACGCCAUUCAUUCCACUCCCACAUGUGUAUGGGAAUCCCAUGCCUUUUGAAUUUGUCCGGCCCAUUCUGUACGGUCCACCAUUGCCACCAGAGUCGUUAAGGGGCGUUCCGUUGAUUCCUUCACAGGUUCCCCCACCGGUGGUUUUUCCUUUUGUUGAUCCUAAUCUACCUUCUCUAUUAGUCAAUCAGAUCGACUAUUAUUUCAGUGAUGAUAAUCUGGUGAAAGACGAAUUCUUAAGGUCAAAAAUGGAUGAACAAGGAUGGGUGAAUAUUAGUGUAAUAGCCAACUUUCGACGGGUUCUGAGUUUGACAAGCAAUGUCCAGCUGAUCUUGGAUGCUUUGGGAACAUCAACAGUUGUUGAAGUACAGGGGGACAAGAUUAGAAGGCGUGACAACUGGAAGAAAUGGAUAUCCCCAUCAAGACAGGUUGACCCUGACUCUGCAUUAUCUUCUCCCAUUCAAUUGAUUGAUAAAGUGCUGGAAACUUCCAUUCAGAAUAUCACACUAGAUGAGUCCGAUUCUAGCAAACUCAGGACUGUGGAAACCGGGGAUGCUCACUUGGAGGUGUUUCCUGGGAAAAUAUCUGGUGAAGCAACAAGUUCUCAGACCAAAGUAGGUAAUGGGGUGGAUACUGCUGGAGAAGUGUAAGACCAGUUAUUGCCGUAAAACGAUAUAUGAUUGUGGGCAAUAUUGGUAUUAAUUGUAUCUUAGACGAAGAGGGAAGAAAACGUGCUGUGGUCUUGGGGCCUUUUCUUUUGUCGAGGAAUCUAAAAUUUUGCAGUUUUCAUGAGGGAAGUUAAAACUUAUAAAGUUACCUAUAUUUUAUAUAGACAAAUGGAGAGCUUAUUUAGAAAAAAGAAAAAGAAAAAAAAAAUUGAGACAUUGACUGAGAAAAUUGUUUUGGGUUUGUAUAGAUGUUAUGUGGACAAUUGAGUCUGUACUUUUGGCAAGUUGAUCUGGGCUUGUUUUAAGGGAUGACAAUUUGCAGGCUAGAGCACGGCCUGUGAUGGGGGGAAAGAAUGUGAAAUACCAUGCCAUUUGAUUGGUUGGGUCAUGGGUGUCAUGAAUAGGCGGGAUGUAGUCUAGUCUCUAUACUAAAUUUUUGGUCUGUACUUACCAGACCCUAUAGCCCCCCUUUAUCAUUUUAUUUUUUAGAAUGUUUUGUUUCCUUAUUUUAUAAUUGUACUUGCCAUGAAUACUAACUAUAAGGGUACAUCUUGAAUAUACCUUUCAAGACUUUUUGUUGA